CAUGGCAAGCACAUGGCAAUUUUGAGGUUCUGAUGCCCUGGCGGACUAUCCAAUAGAAUUACAUUGAGAGAAGCAUGGACGCUGAAUGGACAGUAAUUGAUGAAACUGAUAGUGGUUGUAACACAUCGGACAAUGACAAGAAGACAAUGAAUACGCCAGCUACCAUGUCAACUGAUCAGCCAAUGGAAGCUCUUGAGUCCUCAAUUGUCUCAUCCGGCGGGGUUGAUGCUCUAGAGGAUAAACACAAACUUGAUCCCCUUGGUGAGGGUCCCAUUGACAAUGAUGGGCAACUGAUUGAAUCCUGUACUUUAAACAAUAAAGUAAAUCAGAUACUUACAUUUAAUCAGCCCAAAACGGAUUGUACUGAAAAAGGUGAAAAUCAUGUAGUGGGUUCAUCUGAUCAUCAUGACAAUAAGGGAGACCACAUAACUAUUGAGUCCAUGUCUGAAAGUUCUCUACAAGCUGGUAAUGGUGAAAUGAGUGCAACCAACCAAACCCCUGAGAACUGUGGGAGUGACAAAGCUUUGAAAGACGCUAAAAACAUUGAAAUCAUUCAAGAUUGUAAGACUUUGGCUGACGUAGACAAUGCCUACAGAAUGAGGGACCCAUUUCUUAGUGGAUCCGACUCCGAGAAUGAAUCGGAUAGUGAGAGCAGUAGUUCAGAUGAGAGUAGUGUCCUGAGCGCCCCAGCUGAAUCGGGAGGUGAAUCUGAGGAGGACGCAAAGAAAAACAAGGCAAAGAAUCAAAAUGAUAACAAGCCAAAUAAACGCGAACCAGUCAUCAAUGUGACCAAGACGAAAGGAGAACUGCUUAUAGAGGACCUCCCACCAAUUGAAGACCUACACAUUGAGGUUGACAGUAGUGUCGAGAUGGCAGAGAUUGGAAAGGUGGCACAGAUUGUCGGAUUACUUGCGGUGAUCCAAGCUAUUCCUGAUACGCCAGCUCUCAAUGUCGACUCCAUUCUUUUUAAUGAAAAAAGAGAACCAUUGGGCCAGGUCUUUGAAACUUUUGGACGCGUGACAUCUCCAAUGUACACAAUGCGCUUCAACUCUGAUGAACAUAUGAAGACAAAGAAUAUUGAAAUAGGCCUGGUCGUAUUUUGUGCCCCAAAGAUGUCCGAGUACACACAUUUUGUCUUUGUGGAACAGUUGAAAGCGUUGAGAGGGUCUGAUGCAUCUUGGGAGAAUAACAACGAACCUCCGGAUAGGUAUCUGGAUUAUUCGGAUGACGAGGGAGAACGGCGGGCUAAAGCAAAGCAUCGAGACAGAGAUGACCCUAAUGCUGGAGGGAAGAAAAACAGAAGCAAGAACAUGAAAAUGGACAGCUGGCCACCAGAAAAUGAUCCAAAUGCACCAAGAGGACCCAGUUGGCAACCAGGAGUGAAAGAUAUCCGUAAUCCAUGGACGGGACCAAUGCCGAGACAAGGGCACCAAUAUCGAGGGCCACGAUCACAUUCUGGUCACUCAUUCCGACCGCCACCGCCACCAAGAUCACCUGCUCCCAGGAUACCAUUCGGGCGUCUACCUCCCCCAAGUCAUUGGACACAGAGAGUUGCCCCACCUGCAUGGGUACCUCGUAUGCCAACAGCUGGACAGUAUCAAGUUUCAGUUCCAAUGCCACCACCAAAUUUUGGACAACCACCACCGCCAUUUGGUGGCCAGGCCCAAGUUUAUCCAACCUUGAGCAGUGCAUUGCCAAAUGUUGCUUAUAAUCCUGUUAUGUGGGCACCACCGCCAUCUUCUAUGGCUAUAACACAACAAUCGAAUGGACAAUUGACUGUUUCUCAAGCUGCACAACAAGCGGCCAGUGCUGCAGUUUUACCGCAGGCUCCCGUGUCGUUUUUACCGCCUUAUAAUUACCAAACUCGGCCUGUUGUUACGAAUUCACAGUUUGUCACUAAAAGUAGCACACCACCACUCGUAGCUAAUCUUUUGCCUGGUACGCAAAGUCCUCAGCCAAGUACCUCACCACAACUGUCAUAUCAGCAACAAAGUGUCCCUGCUCUGCACCAGGCAAACACGGCUACUAGUGUGGCACCCCAUUUACUGAAUCUUCCCCCACCGCCUCCCCCAAACCAGACAAAUUCAACGCAGCAGUCACCAACCGCUGGCCAGAUGGCACUGGUAGAUCCGAGGCAAAUACAGGCUCUGCAGUAUGCAACGGGAGUCUUCCCACAAUAUACGCAGCCUUAUUAUAACUGGCAACAAUAAGUUGCUGCCAUCAUUUCUGUUAUGAUUACUUUUGCUUUCAUUGGCCUGUUAUACAGAUGUUCAGGUACAUGUUCAGAUGGAUGUACACUCAUGGUAGAAGCCUAUAUGAUCACAGUUACAGUUAGCUUGUUAACUUAGUGUGGUAACAUUAUUCUUCCUUUAUUGAUGGUAUCAUGUAAUGUGUAUAAAUCGCAAUGAAAUAAGA